UGAGAAGGAUGGUUAAUUCAGCCGACGAAACGUGUCAUCAUCUUAAGACUUUGUAUUUUAGUAAUAUGAACCUUGAAACAUUGUAUUCAUUAGAAGUAUGGGAGACAAAUACAACUGUCGAAGAGACCGAUGAAUUUAGCUUAUCUCAAGAUAAUGAUGAGAAUUCUUACAGCAAAAUGAAGGCGGCAACUGUGGCUGGCGGAAGCUGGAGAACAGGUCCAGCAGGCGCGGAAAUAAUAUUUAUAGAGAAUACCUGUAUUUGAGAUAUCCUAUAACUAAUCUUUAUAACUUGUCAAAUGAACAAAACUACUUAGAACGAUUUAAGAAUAAUUGUUCCUCAACGUUAUAUCUUUCCAAGUCUUAUUCGUUAUUGUCCGGCUGUGCGUACCAGAGUUUCCAAUGUUCUGCUAUUAGUUACAGUGGAACUCCGCAAAGUUAUACUGCAAGGAAUCUGGACGGCGAUUUCUUAUUGUUUAUAAAAAUUACAUCUACUUAUAAGUUAUUCAAUGAAAAUAUGGAGAAUUAUCCUAUGAAAUUAUUACGUACUCAAAAUACUCCGAGCAAACAUUUAAAAAACACGAAAGAAUUACUUAAAAAUAGUCCAGACUACAAUUACUACUAUUACCAACAAAUGUCUUCGUCAAAUGCCAUUCCGGAGGAGUCUUUUAAAGAGCAAGAAGACCAGGAAUAUUCGCCAGUUAAUUAUUCACUCACACCUAACGAUAGUGACGCAUAUGAAAAUCUUGAUAAUGAACACCAGAAUGAUAGUGUUGAAUCCAAGCCGGUAAAAGUGAAAACACCUGGGAAGGUAAGUACAUUGCGGCCUUCAUCUUAUUCCGACUUUCGAAAAUGUCGACCAAAAUUGGAAACUCUUAGUAAAGAAAAUAUUGAAUCUGUUUGUGCGACUAGGGUUGAGUCAUUGGAAUCUAAACUACUGAUGAACUGCCCAGUAGAAUUUGCAGCAGCCGAAUUAACAGCAAGACGUGCGAUGAGGAAAGAAUCGUCAUUGUAUAAUAGGAAUGCAAAAUCAUUUGCACUAUCGCCAGGUGAUUAUAAACCUAGUGAAAGGAAACCAUCAGUAAUUUUCGGUAAUUCUGUGAAAGCAGACAAACGAGAUUCAGUCCCACUAGCUAGCGAAUGUCCAACUUUUUCAGUGGAUAACAAUCCACUACUGCACAAGGUCAGUCGACCGUCGUUAAAUCUAGUUCAUCCCGUACAUAAGUCAUUUCAUUCUAUUCAUAGUAAUGGCUCAGUAAGAUUAGAUGAACUAAAUGUUCCAGAUGUUUAUCCUGACUCAAUUUCUCAUAUUCAAGCUACAUCCUGGGCGUCUUUCGAUUCGAAUGAAAUUGGACGAAUAUUGAAACCUACCGAUCUUCCUGAAAGUACCAGUUCAAUGACAUACGACACCCUUUUGGAUAAUUUGAAAUCUCAAAAACACACGUCUGAUGAAGAGGAUUUUCAACAUCUUUUAGAAAAUGAUGGGAGUUUUCAAUUACACUUGAAAUUUAUACCAAAUGAUUUAUACUUCACACCACAUAUACAUAGUUGUAAAGUGCGUCAGUUGUUAGAUGUCAGUGAAAAAGAACGGCAUUCCAUUAGGAAAUCAGGAAACUUUGUAGAACUGUUGAGAACUAUACACGGUCUGAGAAAAUUCUUAUAGACUGUAAAUUAUUUUCUCAAAAGUUUGCGGUUGUAUGCUUACUUUUAGACGUAUAUGUUUCAUCCAGUUUGUCCAUUUCGCAGCUGAUGUAGACAAAUUAUUAUUAAUUCUAUUGUAUUUUCGAAUUAUUCUGUCUUCACUUUAACUUUGAACUUUUUCUUAUUUAUUAAUUGGUCCUUGUUCGGAAUGUACUAAAUACUUUUAAUAACAGCAUCAAUUAUUAUAUUAUUCAGUGUACCAUUAAUUUUCAGUUUUAGACAUUUUUAUUUUCGUUUGUAUUAACAUUCAUUUCACAAUAUAUGAAGCGGAACAAUGAAAACGUAUUUGGUUCUAAGUUGAUCGUCUCCUUUAUCUUGUUUUUUUUUUGAAAAAAGAAAUUAAGAAUAGAGUUAUUUCGUACAUUACAAGAUAACUCAUUUCUAAGGCUUCGAGCACUAAAUGACUGCCUGAUGCUGAAUAAAAAGACCUUAAACCCAUUUAAUAAAACAUUGAACCUCUUGUAACAG